GUCACAUAAGACAAGUCUGCAUGAGGAACAAACGUGGUGGGCUUUACACGUGCAUGUUGCCGGUCUUUGUGUUUAAGGCUACCCUUAUUCUCGCGCAUGUUUUAGGCAUUCAUUGAAAAUUACGCCUCAUUAUUAAGUAGCCAUACGUUAAGAGACCUCAUGUUCUGAAUAGACCACCAUAGAUUUUUUUACCUAGGGAAAUUUGACACCUGGGUUAUUUAACGGAAACAAUUUGUCUCGAUUUUUCGGAUGUCCGUCUAACAGAGUCAGUGAUUCGCUACUAUUUCUCUCAUCACUAAUUAGCCACGAUGGAUCUCAGUGCAGAACAUUUAAAGACCCCCGGCUCUGAUGAGAAAGAUUUUGCUCUAAAGCCCUUAAAUGUCAAAGUGACUGGCAAGGAGAGUGGAGAGGCGCAGAGACCCACAUGGAGCAACCGGAUGGAGUUCAUCCUGGCGUCCGUGGGGUACGCGGUGGGUCUGGGCAACAUCUGGAGGUUCCCCUACCUGUGCUACCGGAGCGGCGGAGGUGCCUUCUUGUUCCCUUAUCUUACCAUGGUGCUCCUGUGUGGCCUUCCUCUGCUCUUCAUGGAGUUUUCUAUUGGGCAGUACACUCGAUUAGGGCCAGUGCAUGCUCUCGCCAGAAUCUGCCCCUUGUUGAAAGGUGUUGGUCUGGCCACAGUUGUCAUUUCCUUUGUGUUCUGCACCUACUACAAUGUGCUCAUGAGCUGGGCACUGUUUUAUUUCUUCAACUCGUUCGAGGCGACGCUGCCCUGGACUUCCUGCAACAACACCUGGAACGUUGUCGAAAACUGUUCCAGUGGUUUCCUCGGCAACACCAGCCACCUGCAGUCUGCCAGCCAGCAGUUCUUCGAUCGCAGACUUCUGCAGAAAACGAAUGGCAUUGAAGAAAGUGGCGGCGUGCGCUGGGAGCUCUUUGGCUAUCUCAUUUUUUCCUGGGUCAUUGUGUAUUUGUGCAUAUUUAAAGGAGUCAAAUCGACAGGCAAGGUCGUGUAUUUCACCGCUGUUUUCCCGUACUUCAUUUUGUUUGCCCUGCUCAUUAACAAUGUGCAGCUCCCUGGAGCCAAGAACGGCAUCCUCUACUUUGUGACACCCGUCUGGGACAAACUGUUUGAAGUGAAGGUUUGGGUAAAUGCAGCGGCCCAGGUGUUCAACUCCAUCGGAAUAGCAUUUGGCUCCAUGAUUUCAAUGGCUAGUUACAACAAGUUCAACAACAACAUCCUCAGGGAUGCUUUGAUUGUAUCGUUUACCAACUUCUUCACUAGUAUCCUGGCUGGGUUUGUGAUCUUCUCAGCUAUUGGCUACAUGGCUCAUAUACAUAACCUCCCGGUGGACAACAUAGCUUCAGAUGGUCCUGGCUUGGUGUUUGUUGUGUACCCUGAAGUCCUCUCCACGAUGCCCGUCCAUCAGCUGUGGGCUCCUCUCUUCUUCUUCAUGUUGCUGUGUCUGGGCCUGGACAGCCAGUUCGCCACAGCUGAGGUAGCCGUCACGUUCAUAAAAGAUGAGUUUGGCCCCCAAGUUCUGCGUUUCAUAAAGAGAGAAGAGCUGCUGACCCUGGCUGUGUGCAUCGUUGGCUUCGCCCUGGGGAUUCCUCAUGUGACCAAGGGAGGUAUCUACGUGUUUCAGCUGAUGGACCACUACACGGCCGUGGUCUCCCUCAUGUUCUUGGCUUUCUUCGAAGUUGUCGCUGUCUGCUGGAUCUUUGGUGUCCCACGUAUCUGCUUGAUGAUCACGAGGAUGCUGGGAAAAACUGCAAACAUCUACUUUCGUGUCUGCUGGGGGCUGCUCUGCCCGGUAUUGGUGCUGUGUAUACUGAUCUCCAGCAUUGUCCAGUACACUCCUGCUCACUAUGAGACUUACACCUACCCAAAGUGGGCUGAAGGGGUGGGCUGGGGGGUCUCUCUGGUCUCCAUUGUGUGGAUCCCACUUGGAGCCAUUCAUGAGAUCUCCAGCAACAAAGGCUCAUUUCUUCAGAGAGUUAAAACAGCUAUGAUUCCCACACUAGACCUGGAUGCUGACUAUGCCCUGCCGGAAAAACAGAACAUAGACAACCCGGCGUCUGAAAACUUGAUGACUUCAGUGGCAUGACAAGGAAUACAACCGUAUCUGUGCGUAUAUACAAAACAAACUCUGUGUUAGGGCUUCUGGUGAUGGCAUAUUUACACUGUCAUACACAAUCUUUUUGUAUAUCAUAACAUUACAAUGUAAUCAUAUUUGUUUUACCAAAAGACCGAUACUUUACUGUACCUUUUGCACAUUUGUAGCUGCCGUUGACAAGCACAAAGAGCCUCCUUUGUACCUUUUUACAGAUGGGAGAACGAAAAUAGAUUUUAAAGAGAUUGGAUAUGUUGUACACCAAGUAAAGAAUAAUUUAUUUGAUUUAGGUAUGAGUGAUUGUUUGCCCUGUAAAGAUUAUACAGGGGUUCAUUCCAACCAAAUAUAGCCACUUAAAUUAUUAUUUCAUCCCCCUCCCAAAAAAAAAAUGCCCAGUGUAUGUUUGUGUUGUGGUGAUGUUUUAUCUAGCAAUGUGUAAAUAAGAGUCUAUUAGGUAUCAAUGAUAGAGGCAUUUAGAGGCUUUUUCACUUUCUAAAGAGUCCUGUUUGAAGGUGUUCUCGAAAUUAAGCUGGGAAAUAAAGCCUUAUUUGGCCUACAUGUUAUGUUUGUGGUCUUUAAAUCCAUAACACAUCGUGCUGUUAUGUUGUUAAAUGUAGGGUUCAGACAAUCUUCAUCUGCUUACAAAGUUGAGAAAGUUGAGCAUUGGCUAGGUAUUCUGGUUUUGGUGGUCAGCACCUGAAGUAGUCGAUACAAAAACAAUGUUGUUGAAUAUAAAAGUUAGACAUAACUUCUCCACUGUUGGCAGCUGAACGUGUGUUGUUAUUCCCAAGACAUAACAGGCAAAGGUAAAUGGGUAUACGGACUGUUACCCUUUAACAAGGUGUAAAGGUGGUCCGUGUUGUGUCCGUGUCUACAUUUACAUCAUGUUCCAGCUGCUGGUACAUGCUCGAAAACAUUUUAACUUUAAGAAUGUCUUUAGUUAGAACUCCAGCCAGAGUUCCAACCAAAGACAUUUCAUUUCAUUAUCAUUUCAGCAGCAGGUUGUCGGGCCUGUCCAGCCUGAAUUAGAACACAGAUAGCGUCCCAGCCUGAAGGGAUGGAGAUAAAGACACUUGUCAAGAUGUCAAGAUGUCAAGGUGUCAAGAUGUCAAGGUGUCGUUCAUUUUUGUAAAGCAUUUUGAAUUGCCUUGUGUUGAAAGGUGCUAUAUAAAUAAACUUGCCUUGCCUUGCCGAGGUAUUUUAAUUGCCUAAGUGCCUAAACUCCAUUCACAAAAAUUGAAACUCACAGUUUAAAUAAAAACCAAAAGCAUAAACAGAACCAGACAAAUAGCAAUUUCUCUCAAAUGCACUCGUAUUAUCUUUUUGUAAUGCGGUUUGCUGUAAAUCUUCAGGGAGACUCAGCAGGUUAAUGUUAUACUGAUGGGUACUGAGCUCAAAGGACAGUGAAUCUGUCCUGGGAUUUUGUCUACAGAUUGAUAAAUGGGUUAACGGUAUUUUUCAGCCAUGCGUGUGACAUUUUUUUAAGUAUCAUGUAGCAGGCAACUCACAAGAGUUUUAGAGAUUAAAAGUGGUGCCUUUGAUCUGCUUUCACAAAGCUGAAUUGGGCUGAUGUGGGUAGAUAAUCUUUAGGAAGCGUGUCUGGAUACUUUCCAUUCAGGUUUCCAGAUGGUAUCGGCCCAGAAGCUGCUGGUAUUCACUGACAGAGAUGGAAGACAAACAGCUCAUUAGUAAUAUCAUUUUUUUCACCUCAAGCAUUAACUUUUUUUUUUUUUUUUAAAUGAUUGACCUCCUCUCUCUUUGUCUAGGAAGAGUUUAAAUGCAGUUUGUGCCAGUUCAAAUGAUUAAAAAGGGUUUAGUCAGUGUUGGAAGGGCAAGCUUUGGGUAAUGUAUAAUGUAGAUGACCUAUCUCAACUGGAAAUAACCAGAAGAGAUUGUCUAAAGUGUUGAGCCCUACAUUGUGCUCUUGGCCUUUCCUGUCUUAAUAGGUAGCUUAUCAAACAGAGCCUCAUCCGGAGGGCCGAAUGUUAUAUUUCAUCUCAACAUGUAUUUGUUUUAACAUUUGUGCAAGAAACUAACAUGUAGAAAUUAAGAAAUCUGAGGCUUAAUACGGUUUGGGAAAUGUUACAAGAGAAGCAUCUUGGAAUUUAAUGUUAAGUGCCUUUAAUGAAAGAAAUGUUGUGUUUAGAUGUUCUAUAUUGAAUACACAAACCAAAACCUGUAUUUAGGAUGUUUCAUGUACAUUCUGCUGUAUUUAGGAUGUUGCAUGUACAUUCUGCUGCUGUUGUAAGCUGUAUGAGAUGUAGAGUAGAGUGUUUGGAUCUUGUUAAGAAAAUACUGUGGUUGUGGGUAAUUUCGAAAAAGGGGGGGGGGGGGGUUCCUUCGUUUGUGAUGUGCUAACAAUGUUGGUUUUUCAACCAAAAAUCACACCUGCUGACCUCACUGAUCCUCUCCAUCAGUGAGGUCAUCUGUGGCAGUUUUGCUAAUAUGUUACGUGUAUAUGUUUAAGUUCUCACACAAUGUAACAGUGAGCAUGCUAAUCAGACUUUAUGCAAUAAAACUAUAUUUGUAAGGUGGGAUUGUUUGUUUUCUCAUGUUUACGUUUGUUGAACAAAAUCCUACAAAUCUCUGCCAAAAUCCAAUGUUUUUCCAAGUAAAUAUGUUUAAUUUCUCUUACAAUUUUUGUUAUCUCAUUUCUAGUAUGUUGUUGCUCCACUGAUUUAUGGUGUCUUCACAUUUUGUUCAAUAAAAAGCCUUAUUUCUUUC